AUGUCACAAAUCCCAUUAUCUAAAUAUCAUUUGCUUACUAAAAUUGGUUAAGGUCUCUACGGUGACGUUUACAAAGCCAAUGUCUUAGGAACCGAUUAAUAUGUGGCAGUAAAGAAAAUACGCAAUUAUGAUAUUUCUGCUGGAGUGCCUGUGACAGCCUUACGAGAAACAUCGCUCCUACAACGCAUCCAACAUAAAAAUGUCGUCAAAAUCCUUGAUGUUGAAAAAAUACAUGGUCAAAUAAGAGUGAUUAUGGAGUACUUGAAAUUAGAUUUGCAACAAUAUUUGAAUGAGAAUAAGGACAGAUUAAGUCUGGGAUUACUGAAAAAAUUUAUGCAUGAUAUUUUAUAAGGAGUUGGAGCAUGUCAUAGAUUAAAUUGUAUACAUAGAGAUAUACAACCAAAAAAUAUACUCAUUUAAGAGGAUGGAACUCUUAAGAUCGGCGACUUCGGGAGUGCCAGAGUAUUUCAAAAGUGUCCCUAGUUUUUCACAUCAAAUGUCUGUGCCUUAUGGUAUCGAGCUCCGGAAUUACUGUUGGGGUCAAAUUAUUACUCCACAGCCAUAGACAUGUGGGCUAUAGGAUGUGUCUUUGUUGAACUACUACUCAAAUAACCUUUGUUUCAAGGAGAGAAUGAAAUCCAUUAAUUCAAAUUGAUCAUUCCGAAUGCUCAAUCAUUUUAGACUGUUGUAAGUAUCAUUUCCAAAUUUAGAAUCUUAGCGAUUCUGAUCUACAAAUAUAAUUUGACAGCUGCAUAAUAAAUAAACUACAAGACCUGA